CAGCUCCUUUUAAACGCGCGUGGAUCCGCCCCAAAGUCAUCAACGGUCAUUUAUCUUGUCUCGGAAGCAGACAGAGGCCUUUGUCCUUUAAAACCAAACAUGAGUGGGAUUUUUGCUGGACUGCUGAGAGCUCGACGGGCUCUUGCUCCCAGAGCAGGUAUGGUGAUUCAACAAGCACGUUAUAUCCGUGGCAAACCACCUAAAGAUAACAUUGGGCCGGCGGAAUCUAUGUUCGUGUUGACUGUGCUGGCUGUGGCCGUCCUCGGACCUUCUGGUUGGAUACUUGCCCACUUGGACCAUUAUAAAACCCGUGGCUGAUAGACAAGUCCCUAAAACAUCGUUAUAUACUUGUUAAAUCCUGUAUGCCUGCCUGCUGUUAAAAUUGCCAUUUGAACCUUUCGGACGUUUUGUUGACACAAUAAUAAAUGAAAUUUUGUUUUUCAAUUUAACUUGGUCAGUUUCUAUUCUUUUAAAUUAAUUGGUGCAGUUGCAGGCUCUCCACAGUAGGUGUCAAUCUAUUGCCGGAAGUGAGACCCCUCUCUUUGCUUAAAAACAGGCUGUAUCGCCACAAGGCAUCCAUAGCUAAGAAAUCCUGCUAUCCGUAGUGAGUUUUUGAUAUUACCGAGUCACUGCACCGAGUUAUAGUGCCUUUGAAUGUACCAUGAAGCCGCAGCUGACUGGUACAAAAACGCGACCCAAAGCAGCCGGCGCUGAGGCUGAUCUGUCUCUGCAAGAGGAGCUUAUUGCAGCGAUACAUGGAGCGUUUGAAGUGGCUGUGGAGAUCGCAGUUCGUGAGGUGACAAAGCUUGUAGGUCGGGCAACAGGAGACGUCUACGAAGAGCUGCGACGAGAGAACGAGUCCCUCAAACGAAGACUGCAGAGAGCCGGAGCUAUGCUGGACUCUGCGCGCAUGGAGGAAAGAGGUGGCAGCUCUCCCCCUACAAAGCAACUCCAGAAUGCCAACAAACCUACAGAUCAACAGCCUCACCUAAAAUACAAUCAAAAAAGCCCAAAUCCCAAAGUAGGCAACGUGCACAGUUGCACGGGGGUCAGAGGUGAGUCUCCUGCAGGUCACAGCCGUGCACCCCAGCCUCCUGACCCCCAGCAUGAGGAGCAGAGAUCAUUCCAGCAUCUCAGUGAUGCUGCUUCAGAGAAAGAUGAUGGGGGUGCUGUUGCUUGUGAUGCUUUGACCAAAGAAGCUGGUGAAGUGAUCUCCCGUGUAUGUGUGGUGAGGGUAGAAAGCAUUAACCCACCGUGUCUAGACCAGGCAGCUCAAGACCGCGACUCGCCACCACUUCCCAGCGGGGAUGACAAGUCUACUUUUGAGCAUGUUUUGGUAAAGCAGGAGAAACCAGAAGAGGAGGGAGUUGAUUCAGCAUGCGGUUUAGACUCGAUCAAAAUGGAGGAUUUUAGCCCGGAGUGUAUGUCAGCAGUCCAGUCCAAAAUGCUGGACGAGUGGAAACCAGAAGUGCUGGAUAUUCAGAGCCAAGACUCAAAUGCUCCUCUGUCCUGCAGCAGGCUGGCUCAGGAGUUCCAAAACAUCUUCCAGCUAGCAGAACCAGCUCCCAUCCCAGAAGCCUCUCCACAGGUCUAUGGAGUCCAUGUGCGGACCAGCCGCAACCUCGGCCACACCAACCUCUACACCUGCAAGUCCUGCGGCCAGACGUUCCCCCUGCCCAGCUUGCUGCGGCGGCACUUCGGCCAGUGCCAGCAGAAGCUCCAGCAGUGUCUUCAGCAGCCCUUCGAUGGAAGCAAGAGGAGCAGAGUGCAGCUUUACCCACCAGGAUGCAGCCCCUUUCGCUGCACAGAGUGCAAUCGAGAGUUCAACCGCAUGGAGAACCUCAAGACUCACCUUCGCAUCCACACAGGAGAAAGGCCGUACACCUGCUCGGUAUGCUCCAAGUGUUUCCGUCACUCUGGAGCACUAACCAGACACUUCCGCAUCCACACCGGAGAGAAGCCUUACAUCUGCGCACAGUGCGGGAAGUCAUUUAGGAACUGUGGGGGGCUUAAAUUCCAUCAGCGUUCACACAGUAAACAGUAGUUACACUUUUGUUUUUUAAAUGUAGGCUAAAAACAGCUGAUAUUAUGUAAUAUGUCUGAAUGCAUAAUUUUUAUGUAAAAUGUAAGUACUUACUGGCUAAUAUCAGAUUUUAAAAUAUGAAUGGCCCACCUAUAUGGGUCUAACCUUAAAUGAUAAUGUUAUGUAAUAGGUGACCAUUUUAUAACAGGGACUCUCCUGUCUAUACUGUUUCACCUAACGGGUCUUCUCUUUGAGAUCACAGGUAUUGCUCUCAACCAGAAAGUAGCAUCUCAACAAGUUAUAGGAACGGUGAUGUGCAUCAUAUUAAGGUCAAACCAGAAAUGAUUCCGUUACUGAAACAAAUGCAAUUAGCUUUGUCUGAGUGAUGUUCUAUAAAUCAUUGUCCUCAUUAGUAGAAACGGACCAAGUAGAAUAACCAAAUAUAGAUACUGUAGCUAUGUGAUCGACCACUACUGUAUACAAUGGCUCGGUAGCACAUAUGAAAUGUAUGGAAUCUUUAAUGUAAUUCCAAGUGCUGUUUUUGAUUAUUGAAGAAAAGCUGUUUUUAUUCAUGACAAUCUUGUUUUUCUAAUUAUGUGUGUGUGCGCCUGAUGUAUCCAAAUAUGCGUUUUAUUUUGACUACACUGUGGAACAUUUUAAUUAAAAGUGGUUUUGCUGAAGUGGACAUUGUUUUAUCAACAUGCAUGCUAUGGAAGCCUAAUAGGCUUGAGGUCUAAUUUUAAUGUUUGAUUUGGUCAUAUGUGGAAGGUGUCAAAGUAAAUUUACUCAAGCCACAGAUGGAUGCAUCCAGGUCCAGAUUGACAACAGCCUCUGCAGAGUCCCAGUUCACUUCACAAAGUUAGUUGUUCAAUGUGGAGUGUUCAGAGUCAGACAGCAGCCAGGUUUGAGAGUAGAGGAAAGAUGAUCUGUGGACAUUCAGAUUGCCAGUAGAGGGUGACAAAGCUUUAGAUAUAUCCCUAUGUAAACCAAUGAACUGUAAUCACAAUCUUGUAGUCAAAUAAAGGUUAGGAAAUAUUAUUUUAAUAUUAGUAAUCAAAGUGUUUAGACGGUGUAUGUCUUUUGCACGUAUCACUUAUAAGUAACCAUUACCAAACUGCAACACUGUCCACAACCAAACCAGAAAUAUGCUGAUGUUGAAUUACAACUCUGUCACAGGAAAUCCAGUUCGCCUAAGCUCUGGUGCAUUUGUAGUUCACAGGACAUUGCUGUCAGUCACAAAUCACAGUUCU